AUGCACGGACUUGGAAAUAAUUCAAAUAUCAGUCUGCAUGCCGAUUAUAAAUCAUUUGGUGGAAUGUCCAGUCAUCAAGGCAAACAUGAGAUUUCUCGCUCUCUUCUUGAACACAUUUGUAAUCUUAAUAUCGAUCACGAACCCUAUGCUAUUCGUAAUACCAGCAUCAUUUGCACUAUUGGUCCCGCAUGUCGAAGUGUUGAAACCCUUCAAAAGAUGAUGACGGCCGGUAUGAACAUAGCCCGACUAAAUUUCUCUCAUGGUUCUCAUGAGUACCAUCUUGAGACCAUCAAGCUUAUUCGUCAGGCAGUUGAAACUUUUAAACCCUUCUUCCGCCCUGUUGCUAUUGCUCUAGAUACCAAGGGUCCUGAAAUCCGUACUGGUCUCAUUGAUGGCAGUGGAACUGGUGAAGUAACUCUUGAAUGCGGAGAGAAAAUUCGGUUGACUCCAAACAAAGAAUAUGAAAACAAGUGCAGCAAGAGUAUUCUCUAUUUGGACUAUGAGCGUAUUGUGCACGUUCUCAAUGUUGGCUCCAAGGUCUUCAUUGAUGAUGGCCUUAUUUGUUUGGCUGUCCAGGAGAAGGGUCCAGAUUACCUAGAUUGCGUCAUUGAAAACGGUGGCAAAUUGGGUUCCCGUAAGGGUGUUAACCUUCCAGGCGCUCCUGUUGACCUGCCCUCAAUGUCCGAAAAGGAUAAGGGUGAUCUCCAAUUUGCUGUUGAUAACAACCUUGAUAUCAUCUUUGCCUCCUUCAUUCGAAGCAAACAAGGUAUUCAAGAAAUUCGUGAGUUUCUUGGAGAAAAGGGUGCCCAUAUCAAAAUUGUUGCCAAGAUUGAGAACCACCAGGGUGUCAAAUUAUUCGAUGAAAUCGUACAAGCUGCUGAUGGUAUUAUGGUUGCUCGUGGUGAUUUGGGUAUUGAAAUCCCUCCAGAAAAGGUCUUUCUCGCUCAGAAGAUGGCUAUUGCUAGAUGCAAUCUUGUUGGCAAGCCCGUCAUCUGCGCUACCCAAAUGCUUGAGUCAAUGACCUACAAACCUCGUGCUACAAGAGCUGAGUCUAGCGAUGUUGCUAAUGCUGUCUUGGAUGGUGCUGACUGUGUCAUGCUGUCUGGUGAGUCGAAGCUUCUCAGCAUAGACGUAAAGCGUCCUAGUUUCCAGUCUGGUGAAACUGCAAAGGGUUCUUAUCCUGUUGAAGCUGUUCAGACUAUGGCCAACAUUUGCCGUGAAGCCGAGUCCGCGAUGUUCCAUGGUCAACUCUUUGAUGAUUUAAAGAGUGUCUUGGCUUUGCCAACUGACGCUACUCUUACCACGGCUAUUGCUGCUGUUGAAGCUUCAAAUCGUUGCCUAGCUCAAGCUGUCAUUGUCAUUACCACCAGUGGUCGUACUGCCCAAUUAAUUGCACGCCAUCGUCCAAGAUGCCCCAUUAUUGCUGUUACUCGUCAUGCUAUCAUCGCUAGGCAGCUUCAUCUCUUCAGAGCUUGUCACCCUAUUUUCUAUGGAGAACCUCGUACUGAGCUCUGGGCUGAGGACAUGGACCGCCGCAUCAGCUGUGCUAUUGAUUACGGUCGCAAACGCCGUUUCCUCAACGACGGAGACAAUGUUGUCGUGGUUACUGGCUGGAAGGCAGGUUCUGGAGCAACCAACUCUCUACGUAUUAUUCAGUUGGGAACCCCCGCUGAAACUCACGUUUUGGGUAUGCCGGACUUGAAAGGCUAUAAGGAUUAG